UGGACUCUUCCGAGCUCUCUCAGUACCGCUUCAAGCAAAGAGCAGCCAGAGAUAGAGAGGAGAGAUGGCUCCACAUCUGAGAGACCUUCUCACAGUCUUGUUAGUCUUAACAGUGAUUACAUCAGGUGCAAAGCUAUCAGAAUCAGCAAGAGUUUUCACCAUAGUCAACUACUGCAAAGAAACAAUUUGGCCUGGGAUUACACCGGGUGAUAACUUUAAUGGGGGCGGUUUUGUAUUAAAACCGGGUCAGUCAAUGGUCUUCACUGCCCCGGUUGGUUGGUCCGGUCGAAUAUGGGGCCGAACCGGUUGCAACUUUGAUAAAAAUGGUAAUGGCAGCUGCCUGACUGGUAGCUGUGGCAAUACCCUCAAAUGCUCAGCCUCAGGCGAACCCCCUACCUCACUUGCCGAGUUUACACUUGCAUCACCUGAUUUUUAUGAUGUUAGUCUCGUCGACGGAUUCAACAUUCCGGUCGUUAUUACGCCGGUUAAAGGUCAGGGUAACUGUAGCGUUGCCGGUUGCGAUGGCGACUUGAGGCCUAAUUGCCCGGCCGAACUCGCCGUUAAAUCUGAUGGGAAGAUCGUUGCCUGCCGAAGUGCAUGUGAUGUGUUUGGCACAGAUGAGUACUGCUGUAAGGGUGUUUAUGGGAACCCUGUGACCUGCCAGCCUACAUAUUACUCAAAGAAGUUCAAGGAAGCAUGCCCUGCAGCAUACAGUUAUGCAUAUGAUGACCCAACCAGCAUUUUCACUUGCUCUGGGACAGACUACAUUGUUUCAUUCUGUUCAUCCAGGAAGCGAACUGUGUGCACCUACCACAACAAUAAACUGGUUUGCAGUGGAUCAGACAGCUUAAAAUCGUUCACUCGAAAAUGGUGGGCCGUAAUCGCGGUAACGGCGAUGAUUAAUCUGUGGAUUAUGUUUUGAAAAGGAAUGUACAUAUAAGAUCAUUAUUAUUAUUAUUUUAUUUUAUUUAUUUUUGAGUCAAAAGGGUCUAUUAUACCAAUGUGGUUUAUUCCUCUUUGAAUUGUUUUCCAUCCAUAACCAUAGUUUGCUUUACAAGCUACAAGAAAAGAAGGUUCUCUAAUGGAUGGAAAUUUAUGGUAAUUAUUCAUCAUUCUUUUUUA